AUGGCGUGGACGUUAUUUUGGGUUGGCUUAGUACUGGUGGUGAGUGGCAGUGCCAGUGGAGGGAACGUGACAUACGAUGGCAGAUCACUGAUCAUAGACGGGCAACGAAAGCUUUUGUUCUCCGGUUCAAUUCACUAUCCUCGAAGCACCCCUGAUAUGUGGCCUUCAUUGAUCUCCAAAGCCAAAGAAGGUGGAGUAGAUGUGAUCCAGACCUAUGUUUUCUGGAACCUCCAUGAGCCCCAACCUGGGCAGUAUGAUUUCAGUGGAGGGCGUGAUAUAGUAGGGUUCAUCAAGGAAAUACAAGCACAAGGACUAUAUGCAUGCCUUCGGAUUGGACCCUUCAUUGAGGGUGAAUGGACUUAUGGCGGUCUGCCCUUCUGGUUGCAUGAUGUACCAGGCAUCGUUUUCCGAUCAGACAAUGAACCUUUUAAGCUUCACAUGCAAAACUUCACCACCAAAAUAGUCAACAUGAUGAAGGCAGAGGGACUAUAUGCUUCACAAGGAGGUCCAAUCAUACUUUCACAGGUUGAAACAAUUGAAAACGAGUACCAAAAUGUGGAAAAGGCUUUUCGAGAUAAAGGGCCACCUUACGUUCGUUGGGCAGCAGAAAUGGCUGUGGGACUGCAGACGGGUGUGCCAUGGGUGAUGUGCAAGCAAGAUGAUGCUCCUGAUCCAGUGGUAAGUCUCCUGCACUUCAAAUAUGAUGCUCCUGAUCCAGUCACUUCAAAUGACUUUGAUGGAGAUCUGAAUGAAUCCUUGGGGGGGACCAGAAACAGUAGAUGA